AUGGCAGAAGAUUUGACCCCGAAAGUGCUUGAAGUACUGAACUCCGCAAAUGGUCCUGUCAUCACAUCGGAAGCCUUUCCCAAUGCCACCUUUGUCAGUGUCAAAUCCGCUGUCGACAAAUUACGGUCGAGAGACUUCAUUGAAGCAGAGCAGAUUGAUCGGUUGGAACUUGUUCUGACAAAAGAAGGCCAAGAUAUUGCAGAAAAUGGGAGCAACGGCGCAAGAGUUUUCGAGGCAGUUCGAUCCGCAUUGGAGGGACUGAAGAUCAAAGAUUUACCCGCAGCCGUGGGCGACGCAAACGUGGCCAAGUUCGGUUCGGGAGAUGCCUUCAAGCUCAAGUGGAUCAAGAAAGACGGGGACACUCUCAAGGCGACUGCGGACAAGAUCCAGGACGAGGUACAAGAACAAUUACGACAGAUCCAAUCCGGGAAGGCCUUAGACAACCCCAAAGUCGUGGCAGACUUCAGGAAGAGGAAAUAUGUGGUAGAACAGAAAACGGUCGCCUUUAAGAUUUCCAAAGGCCCUAAAUUCUCGACUGAAUUUGUCAAGGAGGAGGCGGAUCUGACUGCAGAAAUGCUGGCGUCUGGCGCCUGGAAGACCGUGCAGUUGAAACCAUAUAACUUCAAGGCCAAAGGGGCACCCACGCCAUCCGGAGCUCUUCACCCUCUCAACAAAGUACGUCAAGAGUUCAGAGAGAUCUUCUUCGAGAUGGGCUUCGAGGAGAUGCCAACAAAUCGCUAUGUGGAGACUGGUUUCUGGAAUUUUGAUUCUCUUUUUGUCCCUCAACAACAUCCCGCGCGCGACCUUCAAGACACAUUUUACAUCUCAGAUCCCAUCAGAGCCGAUCCUCCUCGGGCAGAUCCAGAACCUCCGGCCCCAGGGGAGAAAUCUAUACCUUCACCUUCUCAUAAGAGGACAAAGUCGAAGGAAAAGGGCCUGGACUUCAAGAAGUACUGGGAUGAUGUUCGUGCCGUGCAUGAAAACGGAAAGUUCGGCUCGAUAGGCUACAGAUACCCAUGGUCUGAAGAUGAGUCUUUGCGACUAGUCAUGCGAACUCACACCACGGCAAUUUCUGCAUACAUGCUUCACAAACUCGCUCUGAAUCCUCGGCCGGCGCGAUACUUCUCUAUCGACAGAGUCUUCCGAAAUGAGACGGUUGAUCAAACGCAUCUUGCAGAAUUCCACCAAGUCGAAGGCGUAAUUGCCGACUGGGGUCUGACACUGGGCGGCUUGAUUGGUUUCAUGGAGGUCUUCUUCGGCAAGAUGGGUAUCAGAAACCUGCGAUUCAAGCCUGCAUACAAUCCUUACACGGAGCCGAGCAUGGAGAUCUUCAGCUACCACGAGGGAUUGAAGAAGUGGGUGGAAAUCGGAAACAGUGGCAUGUUCCGGCCAGAAAUGUUGGAGCCAAUGGGUUUACCCAAAGAUAUGCGGAUAUAUGGUUGGGGCCUGAGUUUGGAGCGACCGACCAUGAUCAAAUACGGCGUUAACAAUAUCCGGGAGCUUUUGGGACAUAAAGUCGACCUCAACUUCAUUGAACAGAAUCCUGCCGUCCGCUUACACAAAGACUAG